AUGGCUUCGUCACUUCUCCUCAGGAGAGCUAACGCUUCGCCUUUGUUCAACAAACUCACCAACUCCAUCUGCUCUGCCUCCGUUUGUCGCUCUUUCAACACCAAUACUCAGGUGACCGAAGUCGACGACGCUGCCCGUGGUAUCGACGUUGAUCGCCGCGACCGCUCGGUCUCUUCCCAACGCGACGUUGUUGUCCCCAGCAUAUUCUCAGACGUAUUUGAUCCCUUUUUUCCAACAAGGAGCUUGAGCCAGAUUCUGAGGGUAAUGGACCAAAUGAUGGACCCCUUCCUCCCAGCAUCUCAUGGAUUGGGGGCUGCAGGAACAAGGAGGGGAUGGAAUGUGAAGGAAGACAAGGAUGCUCUGUACAUUCGAAUAGACAUGCCCGGUGUUGACAAGGAAAAGAUGAAGAUCACAGUGGAUCAGAACACCCUGAUCAUUAGAGGAGAAGGAGGGAAGGAAUCGGAGGAGGAGGAGGCGAGGAUAUACACCGGCAGGCUUGAUCUCCCUCCGGGUAUGUACAAGCUUGAUGAGAUCAAGGCAGAGAUGAAGAAUGGUGUUCUGAAAAUUACAGUUCCAAAGGCGAAGGAAGAAGAGAGGAAGGUACAGGAUGUCGAGGUGGAAUAA